GAUCACUUUUAUGAGAGUGACCGGUCAGAAACGCACGGCAGCCGACAUAUCGGUGACAGCGAGGAUGAUGAUUUGGUUGAGGAGGAUGAGAAUACAGAACCACCGUACAGUGGAACAGUCACACCAACUACCACUUUGAAAAGAGCCAAGGAAAGCUUUCUGCUACGGCAGAAUGUGAUUUUCAGGGAAUACGAGGAGCAAGUGAUGGAUACUGGUGCUGAAGGAUCUGGUCAAGCACACGAAAGCGAUGCCGGUGAAGAAAUCCCAAGUGGAGCCAGUGAUUUGGAGGAAGAAUCGAGAAAUCUGGCGGAUGAGGAAGAACUUCGGGAUUCUUCUAAAGAAUACAUCGAAUUUUCGACAGGUCAUUCGGAGCGUACCUCAUCAUAUUCGCUUUCCUCUGGAACGGAAUCACCUCAUCCCGUAGUUGCUCCAGCAGUUCCGGAGAAUUUUCCUGCUGAAAAAGAUGGAAGUCAUUCGAACUGA